AUGUCUAUACUUAGUGUUGAUGGAUCACCAUGGCAACCAAAAAUGCAUGAUGUUGUGUGCAGUGCUCAUUUCGUUGGAAAUAUUCCGUCUAAAAAUCCCAACAGCCCUGCCUAUUUUCCAACAUUAUUUCCUAACAUAUAUAAGAAGAAAUCAAUUAAUGAAAUGCAGCAAUAUGAUAGACAUAAUUGCUACAGAGAUAAACAAAGAAAAUGCAAUACUGUCAUACCAUUUACUAUGACAAUAAAUGACUCAAAUUAA